AUGCCAAAGGUUGCACCCAAGCAUCCUGAAAUUGAAAUGCCAAACCUUCAUGGUUUGGUGCGUGGACAGUUUGCAUGGAGGCACUACUACUGGUAUUUGACCAAUGAGGGCAUUCAGUACUUGCGAGAAUUCCUUCAUCUGCCUGCUGAGAUUGUUCCUGCCACGUUUAAAUUCUGUUCACCUAAGACUGCAGAAGGUCCCCGCUCUGGAGGUACUGAUGGCCAGGAGUACAGAAAAGCUGUUGGGGCUGGAUCACAGCAGUUUGAAUGUAGAUGUGGAUAUGGACGUGGCAGAGGUGGAUUCGGUGGUAGUGCUCCUAGGGAUCAGUAA